GGAGGAUUCCACAUGACCGUUCUGACUUCUGAGUCUCAGUCUGAGCAACACAAGCGUUCUUAAUUUCACGGAGGCAUUGUGAGGUGGAAGCCAGUGAUCACCAUUGCGGACAAACUGCUGCCGGUGAAUGCAACGACAGGAAAGGGAGAAGGGUGGCAUUGAAAAAUGGCAAAUGCGCUGAAAUUGGGGCUGAAGUCUUCAGUCUUUGAACUGUGUGCUUGCAAGGCUUCCAAUGCCCAAGGAUACACCAAUGCAGUGGUGGUUGCUCCCAGAUUGUCAGCAAAGGGAUGGUCAAAGAAGGAAUUGGCAGCAUGGACUCGCGUGCAAGUCACUGGGUCAAUGGAAGUCCACAGGCAUGUGACGAAGCACCAACACUUUUCAGAACCGUUAAAAGGGAAGCGGAGAGCAGCUGUCAUGAGAGCAGCUUCUGUGGAAGCCGAGGCGGGGCCGCAAGUUGUUGUGACGCGAGAGCAAGGCAAGAACGGAAAGCUUGUCAAAGCCCUGGCGGCACAUGGCAUCAAGUGCUUAGAGCUACCAUUGAUCGAACAUCGAGAAGGCCCUGACGUUCAUCGCCUGCCCCAGGUGUUGAAAGAGGAAACUUGGGAUUGGAUCAUAAUCACGUCCCCGGAAGCUGCCACCGUCUUCUUGGAGGGAUGGAGGGCUGCGGGGCGACCAAAGGUCCGCCUGUCGGUUGUCGGAGCAGGCACUGGGACGGUCCUCGAGGAAGCGCCGGAAGCGGACGAUUUGCGGCCCGAGUUUACGCCGUCAAAAGCAACGGCCAAGGUGUUGGCGGUUGAGAUCCCCGAGCCACAACCCGGAAGUAGAGUGCUCUAUCCAGCCUCAGUCAAGGCCGGCAGCGACCUACAAGAAGGGCUUGAAGCACGAGGCUUUAAAGUCACGCGCCUAAACACCUAUUCUACGGAAACUGUUCGGACAGUUGACCCGAAUGCACUGGCAGCUGCUGCAGACGCCCCGGUCGCCACCUUUGCCUCUCCGACUGCCGUCAAAGCGUGGGUGGAACGUGUUUGUCAGGGGGACGUCAAGCGAUGGAGCGGUGCGGCCGCGUGCAUCGGAAACACGUCCGCAGUGGCAGCACGGAAUGCGGGCCUGGACAAGAUAUACUUCCCGGACAGUCCAGGCAUUGAGGGGUGGGUCAGGAGCGUGCGUGAGGCGUUGUCGGCUGUUGAAACGUAGGGCCUUGUAUUUCAUCGUGCAUACAUUUUCUGAGCGCGACAGGCUUGCCUUCGUGCACGUUGUGUACCGCAAGACACUGCAAUCGUGUAAUAGUAACUAAAGCCAAUUUUGAUAAAGUAUAACCCUUUUAAAGGCCUUACUAGAGGCAGUAGAAUCUUCUCGUCAGGAUUCCAUCACCUGAGUUGCUUCUAGAGACACGAUGGAACGCGUCACUCCAUGAUGCUAUGAUAUAUAAAGGUGAUGAGAAUCCUUUGGUCCUCAUUCUUCAGCUAG